UGCCAUACAAAUGUAACUUUGUAUUGUAUUGUAUUGCAUAUAAUACGCAGAUGAAUACACUAACAAUUCCAGGAAAGGAGGUUUCUGAAGAGACAUCACUUUCACAAGAGACAAGAAGUACUGUGGGGAAGGGACAGUACUUCAUGUACACUUUAUUCUAACAUGUUAUUCUUGCUUAUUACAUCAGUAUUUAGGAGGAACAAGAUAAGCAAAGAGCACUCCUUGUUCUCAGUGAAUAGUGAUAUAAGAGGAUCCAUGAAUAAGCUUUAUCCUGUGUUUGAGUGCAACCAUUGCUUUACACGGAAACACUUGAAACACGUUUAAUUCUUUAUCUGUUGGUUGACACAUUCAUUCUAUGUUUCACAUUCCUCAAUGAGUCAUUGACCAGCCUUUCCUUUAUAUAAACCAGCACCGGUAUCAGCAGUUUACACUGACAGACACGCAGACAAUUACUAACAACAGUCAACAUUUCUGCUGCAGCAACAUGAAAUCCUUGCCAGCUUUUGCUCUUGUUUCCAUGUUCCUCGUCUGUGCUGUGGAGGCCAGAAAAUAUGUCACAGUCAUUGAGCCAAACUGUGAGAAGUACAGAGAAAUGUUCCCAGCUUGUCCACUGAACUUCCGGCCUGUCUGUGGAUCUGACGGUGUGACCUAUGACAAUGAAUGCAUGCUCUGUUUCACUAACUGGAAACUCAAGGAAGAUGUUGUUAUUGAGAAGCUUGAAGAAUGUUGAGCUAAAUCUCACAAGAAUCUAAGCAGUCUCCGGGUAACCAGGACAUCUGUGAAUCCAAAUCACAUCAAUUCUCAUCAAUUCUAGUUAAUCACCAUUUGUUUGCAAUGAUUAGCCAAGUAGACUAUUUACAAAAUGUUGACUUGCAUAGACAUUUUACUAAAAAGUUUUGCACUGUGAAACAAUACAAUGUACAAUAGUUUAACUAUUUAAGUUAGUGAUGUUCACACUGGUCCUAUCCAACUCCUCUUUUCUAACAGCCAUAAUAAAUGAGUCUUUGCACCUCA